GCCAUCGCACCCGAGCGGAAGGGAGCACGUGGCGCCCCGAAGAAGCUUGCUGGCAACAAACUUGGCUCAGGCGAAGGUGCAACACACGAGGAGACGAUGCUGCUACAGAAAAUGUCGCUCAACAACGCGCAGAUGAUGCGCCUGGUCUCGGGCAGCCUGUGGGACUUCUUCCUGGUCGAAAACGAGAACAAGGCGAUCGACGCAGCGGCGGCAGCAGGAAUCACUUACGCAGAGGACGUGAAGUCGAAGGGCAGCAAGGAGAUGGGGUCCCCACAUCUACACGUGGCCGCGGACUUCUUUCAGGAGAUCGCCAAGAGCGCAGACAUCGAGGGCGAGACAGCGACAGUCUUGACACAGUUCUCGAUGCUGAUCGAGAUAAUGCAGAAGGAGGAGUUGGCGGACAUCAUUUCCUACUUUCGGGUGAAGAAGGCGUACACGGACCCAGGGCAGACGCAGAAGUGGAAGCUUCACAUGAUGUUCAACGCCUUGGCAGCGACUCCGUGGACGGGGCACAACGAGGGCCAGGUGAACGCCAUUCGCACGGGCAACGAGCUGCCGCAAGUGAAGCUGGGGAACUACACGGUUCAAGACCUACGGCUGGCGACGUGCAGGGGACUACGGGCACUCACGGCGAACCAGGUGUUCGGGGCGCCUCCACCGUCGGCGCUGGAGCGACAGCUGCAGAGCGCGCUCGAAGCGCGCCAGCAGCUCGGAUCGUGA